AUGCGAAAACGAAGUGAUGAUUUAAAUUAUUCUAUGAAAGAUGUACUCAUUCUAGAUUCGACAUCUUCAGCAAAAUUUAGUCGUCAUUUAAUUUUUCAAACAAAAGAUCCAUUCUUAGAUAAUCUUUCUGUUGGUAAAUUUGCUGAUCUCAUCCUAGAAGAUAUUCAUGGUUGCUUAAUCAAUCAUCAAUGUUCAGCAGUUCAUAAUAUUUCAUCAUUUCAAAGUCAACAAACACAAUCAUAUUCAGAUUCAUUAGUUUUUGCUAAAAAUCUUCUUGUUACAAUUGAAUCAUGUUUAUUUCGAUUUGAACAAUGUAAAUGUAUUGAUGAUUAUUCCCAACUUCGUUUUAAAGAUAUUAUUGAAUUUAUUGUAAAAAAAAGUGAUGGUAGUGGAUUAACAUGGUUUUGUGAUAUGAGUGUUUAUACAAAAAAUCGUGCAUUUCGAUUACUUCGUUCAAGUAAAUUUGAUAAACAAGAGUGUUUUACUGUUGCGCCUGAAAACGAAUGGAGACCAAACAUACGACGUUCUCAUCCAUAUUCAUCAAGUGAACCAAGUGAAGCUGAACGUCAAACAUUUAUGGCUUCAUUAGUUUAUUUCAAUAAACCUAUUCGACGUUUUAUUUAUGUUGAUGAUGUGAAAACCACUAGUACAAAAUCUGUUAUUUCACGUUCUCAUCAAUCAUCAUAUGUAACAGAGGAUCUACAAAAAGUGACAUUAGAUUAUCCUGAACUUGUUAAUUUUAUGAUGAAUAUAGCACGAGAUAAAAAAGAUGAUGGUAAUAAUAUUAUUCGUAUAAGUCGUUUAUAUAAAGCAAAAGAAGUUCAAAAUGAUUUUCGAUGGGAAAUUGGUUUUAUGUAUGUGGGUGAUUAUAAAUAUUGUGAACGAAUUCAACGUCAUCAUAAAAAUAAUAAUAUCUAUUUUGUAGUUGAUAUGCGUAAAGGAACAUAUCGUCAAAAAUGUCAUGAUACAGAUUGUAAAGCUUUUCAAGGUAUUGAGCAAAUAUUACCAAUAAAUGCAACACCUUGGUUAACAGUAGUCAAUCAAGAAUGGGAUAAUCAAAGUCCAAAAUCAAUGAAAGAAACACUCUAA